AUGGCGCAGCAUCACUGUCAAACGUCACUCGAGGACUUCAUCAAUGUUUCCGGCCCUGAACCAUUAGCAGCGGAUCAACGCGCACGGAUGAAGGACAAUUUCUACAGCAUUGUCAACCAUUUCAGAGCAGCAGAAACAUCCGACAAUGUGUAUAGUCGCCUUUGCUCAUUUGCUAUAUGCUUUUCAUACCGCGUCCGUGAGCUCGAUUUACUGGCGUGCUUGUCUUUUUAUAGUCGAGGCUUCUGGCCUGCGCACUAUUCAACCGUCCCCCAGCACAUCGCUCUAUAUUCCAAAGCGUUCAUGGAAGGCAUCAUGAAUUUCUUCUAACACCAGAUCGGAUAUCAGUUUUUCGAGGCAUCUGCCACAUCCGCGACCACCAUCGCUGUGUAGUCUCGCGUCAAUUUGACCAGAGAGAAGCAAUAAUUCGAUUGACUCAACAGGGUGAUAAUGCUCGAGAUGAUGAAGGCAACUAGCAGAGGGCAAUCAUUUGUGUAUCUUGAGGUAGCUCACAUCAUUCCACAUGCCCUAACGCAAGCCGAUGCAAAUGGCCUGUUGGUGGGUCACCCUAUCUAGAAUGUCACACGGGUUCCUUUCUGGCCUAACACACUGUCUAGUGUGAUUCU